AUGGCGAACCUCAGGAAAGCAAAGAUUACCCUCGGAGGGGCUGUGGCAUUCUGCGCUCUUACUAUCUGGGCAGUCCAUUACCAGCAGGAGAAGGAACGAGAUACGAUGUACCAGGGCGUUAUCCGCGACGACGAACGACGAAGAGAGAAACUUAGACAACGGCAGUUGGAGCUGGAAGAGUCUCAACGAAAGCGAGAGCUAUACGAGCGCUACCAGAAAGUAGAAAAGGCCUCGGACUAA